AUCCACCCGUAUUUCUAUUGAUCGCACGGAUCUGUCAGUAACCGGAUACGGCGUGGGGUCAGUACAAAGUAGUUUUUUUUUCGUAUUAAUUUCCUCUUCAUGUGUGCAUGAAUAUUUUUUAUCAGUUGUUACAAGUCUAUUUGUCUCGGUUAGAUCGGGGUUUUGUUAUUAUAAGUACGGGAAUGGAGAAAAUGGUUUAAUAACCCACACCCACAGCACGGUUCACUCUCGGUAGCUGAGCUUGGAUCCAGCUUAUCCCUGUCGUACCAGGUGGCUUCAACUUGCGCAGUCUGUCGCUAACCAUGGCAGGGGAUUUGAAAGUGCGAUUCGUGCAGCUAAUGCACUAUUUGCAGGACCCUCUGCACGUCGCGCGUUUCCAACAGCUAUGCGGGGUGCGCGAAACCGACACACGUGACAAACUAAGUAACGGGGUGACAGGCACGCGCCACGGGGAUGUUGAUAACAGAAGCGGGGAUGCCACCCGCCGUAGACCAGCAGGAGCAGAGACCGACGGGGAGAAACGCAAUAACGGCGUGUCGAACGGAGCUGCGGGAGAAACCGGGCGGCCACGGGAUAAGGACGAGGACGACGCUCAAGGAUCCUCGGUAAAGCCGUUACGCAGAAACUCUCUCACUGGAGACGCCGGACAGGAGUUCAUCAUCGAGAAUAAGUUUCUCUUCUACCUGUUCACGUUCGGUACCGAGCUUGGAAACGAACUGUUCUACAUCUCAUUCUUCCCGUUCUUCAUAUGGAACAUAGACGCUUAUGUGAGCCGCCGGCUCGUCGUGGUCUGGGUGUGGGUCAUGUAUCUCGGCCAGUGCACGAAAGAUGUGAUCCGGUGGCCGAGACCUGCCUCGCCCCCGGUGGUAAAGGUGGAGAUGUUCUACAACUCGGAGUACAGCAUGCCCUCUACUCAUGCCAUGUCCGGGACCGCCAUACCCUUGUGCCUGUUCUUGCUGACCUACGGUCGAUGGGAGUAUCCUCUGCUGCUGGGUGUCUCCCUGGCCUUCAGCUGGUGUUUCCUGGUGUGUUUGAGCCGCAUUUACAUGGGCAUGCACUCCAUACUGGACAUCAUUGCCGGUUUCCUGUACAGUUUGCUGAUCGUAGUGGUCUUCAGUCCUGCUCUGGAGAUCAUCGACACCUUCAACCGCACCCAUCGCUACGCCCCGCUAAUCAUCAUCUCUCUUCACGUGGGUCUGGGUCUCUUCUCCUUCACCUUGGACACCUGGAGCACAUCACGCGGCGACACCGCCCAAAUCCUGGGCUCUGGUGCAGGUAUCGCCUUGGCAUCCCACAUCAACUACCAUUUGGGCCUGUUGCCAGACCCAACUGCAUCGAUGUUACCUCUACAGCCCCCAUCCAUCACCCUCAGCCUGAUCGCUCUCUGUCUACUCCGCUUCGUCCUGGGCGUCCUCAUUCUCCUGGCGACCAGAGCCGUAAUGAAGGCUCUCACCAUCCCGCUCGUCUGCUGGCUCUUUGGGAUUCCCAGUGGCGACGUUCGGAAGGCCAGGCAGCACAUGGAGGUGGAAUUGCCAUAUCGUUAUAUCGUCUAUGGAACUGUGGGCUUAAAUGCACAUUUCCUUGUGCCUUUCCUAUUUAUACAAAUGGGUCUGUUGUGAUUGGGUAAAAUAACCAUCCAUCAUUUCGGCCAAUAAGAGCCUAGUCGGACUGCAGAGGCCUUUCCCUUCAAAUCAAUGAUUGGAUGGAACUAAAGCCUGUAACACUGUGCUGCACCUUCCAAAUGUUCCUCAGAUAUGUUUUCCAUCAUUUAUACUGUAGUUUUAGCAAAUUUUCUAUUCCAAAAAAACCAAGUGUUUGUUGAUUUUAGAGAUCAUGGCCCUUUUCUAAGCAGUUGCAUGUAAAGUACAGUAGCAUGUCUAUUCUCAUCUAGAAUCUGAUUGUAAACAUUUCUACUCUAUAGGGUUUGUUAUAUUUUCUCAAGCAAUACAGCAGUUCUGCUUCUUAUCAUAAACUUAGGAUGACAUUGACUUUUGAUGAGGUUUGUUCACGCCACAGUGGGACGACUCAAACUCUUGCAUCAAGAGUUGACUGAAAUCUUUCUUGCGAAUGCGCGACUCAUGCAAAUCUCUGUGAUGGAUCGCCUGAAGCUGAUGUCAGCUUUUAUUUCUUGUUUGCAAUAUAAAAUCUGAAAAAUCACACCCAAACAUGAUGAUUAGCGGUUGGGUGCAGCGUUGGUUUUUGUUGUACUUUUGUUGCAGUUUAGUUUCGAAUCGAAAGCAGGUUGGACUAUUUCUCUGAAGACUUUUAUAAUGAUAGAUGCCUUAAUGGGCUUGUUCACACAAAAAUUACAAAUUCUGUCGUCAUUGACUUUCCCUCAUGGAGCACAGAAGAAGGAAUUGAGAAAUGUCUGUGUUUUUGUGUAUAUAAUGGAAUUCAAAGGGCUCUAAUGUUAUUUAGUUUCCAAUGUUCCUCAAAAUAUUAUAUAAACAAAAUCAUACAAGUGUAAAUAAUUAAUGAUCGAAUUUUCAUUUUUGGGUGAACAAUCCUUUGAACUGACCACUUAAGAACCAGUUUCUCUCUAGGCAUUAAAAGUUGAUGCACUAGUGAUUUACUCUGAAAAAUGUUAAAUAUUAAAUCAGUUUAACAUUUAUAUUCUUAGAUUGAAUACAUGUCUGGCUCUUAAUAAGAAUUAUUCUUGAUCUUUUUAUAUCUCGUAUAGUUUUAUUCCCUUUUUUUUCUUCUUCUUUUUUUGCACUGAAAAUCAGCGAUGCUUUCCCUAGCAUUUAGCUGUGUUUUCAGUCAGGUUGAAAUGCAAGGAAAUGUCAGGUUUGCUACUAAACCUGUGAAUAAUUCAAACUGCCUUCUAGUCAAGGUAGUUUAAUGUGUAGUUAAGGUGAAUUUGUGGUACUGAUUUAAAUGCACUGUUCCCAGAUUGCACUGCUCUGCUGCCUGCUGUUGUCGCUAGGAUAAUAGGUCAGGCUUGUGUGACACUGCUGUGUUUUAUUCUUCCUGUGGCCUUUUGUGUCUUUGUUCAAGUGCAAGUUCGUUCCUUUUUCUACUGAAAGAGAAGGUGGCUUCCCAAAUCCUCACUUCUGUAAACAGGAUUGUUUUGGAUUCUCUGAAUAAUGAGAAAACCCACCCACACCCAAGUGAUUCCACCAAGUGCGGCCGGAGAGCAAUGUUGACCUUUGACUCUUCACCUAGAACAAUGUAGAUCUCAAUCAUUCGAAGGGUGGAGGUUAUAUUUCAGAGACAAAGGACGGAGGUUGGGUUUAGGCCAGAAUAUGAGAAGGUGGUCAUUGAGGAGCAUUGCUUUCUAGACCAAUUGUUCUAGUUUCGACUCUUUCUGAGUGAUUUUUUCUGAUGAAGUCUUUGUGUUUGUGGAUUGAAGUAGUUCGACUGUAGCAUUUCUCUCUCUCAGGCCUAUGUAAUGUGUUUAUCACCAAAUAUAAAUACUUUCUGUAAAUCCAUAAGGGGGGUAAUUUUUCCAGUAUCAAAACAUUGGUUUGAAUAUCAUUCACAAAUCUCUAUGCAUCCUCUUUCUUGUUAGUUUAUUUAAUGUUUUGUAAUAAUUUUUAAUAUAAUUUGAUAGAGAUUCAUAUGGAAGCUUGUUUCCG